GCUGCAAAUCCAAAGCUAGCUCGUGCGCGUGUGCAUGCCCUGUUACUGUCCAGGCCACUUCCUCACCAAUGCCUCAGCUCGGCACCCUCGUCGCCAUCACGCUACUCCUCCACCUCCACGCCGCGCCGACGGGCCUCGCGCAGGCCGCGACGGGCGCGUUCAUCUACGCCGGGUGCUCGCCGUCCAAGUACGAGCGCGACACCGCCUUCGAGAGCAACCUCGGCUCCCUCCUCGCCUCCAUCGCCUCCACCGCCUCCUCCGGCGCCGCCUACAACAGCUUCACCGCCGGCGGCGGCGUCGGCCAGGCGGAGGCGACCCGCACGGCCGCGUACGGCCUGUACCAGUGCCGCGGCGACCUCGGCCGCGGCGAGUGCGUGGCGUGCGUGCGGGAGGCGGUGGCGCGCCUGGGCGCCGUGUGCGCCAACUCGUACGCCGCGUCGCUGCAGGUGGACGGCUGCUACGUGCGGUACGACGCCAGCGACUUCGUCGGCCGGGCCGACAACACCGUCGCGUACCGCAAGUGCAGCUCCGGCAGCAGCGAGGACGCCGGGUUCCUCAAGAGCCGCGACGCCGUGCUCAGGGAGCUGCAGGCGCGGGCCGCGACGGGGUACAAGCUGACCGGCUCCGGCACGGUGCAGGGCGUGGCGCAGUGCCUCGGCGACAUCGCGGCGCCGGACUGCGCCGCGUGCCUGGCGCAGGCGGUGGUGCAGCUCAAGGGCACGUGCGGCUCCGCGCUGGCCGCCGACGUCUACCUGGAGCAGUGCUACGUCAAGUACUGGCAAAACGGACACGACUUCCGCUCUUCACAGGACUAUUCGGGAGACGAAUUUGGGAGGACCGUGGCUAUAAUAAUUGGCAUCUUGGCCGGGCUAGCACUCCUGGUGGUGUUCAUCUCUUUCCUCAGCAAAGCAUGCUAGAAGCCCACACGGCCCAGGUUACCUCCAGCUACAGCAUUAGAGACUAGAGGACAGGACGACAUGGCAUCAGGAGUCCAAGGAAAAACCCAGCAAAAGGACUCCUACUGGCUGGACACUCGCACUUGCAUAGGUCGACUGAUCUUCAAGUUGUCUCAGAAGUAUCGCCUCGGUUUUUCCUACAGUAUUUUACUUUGAGGGGGAAAACUGCUCUUGAAUAAUUAAGACAAGAAAGAAAGGCCUGCUUGUGAACGCA